AUGAUGGCAGCAGAGGUGAGCACUGAGGAGACGGGCUUAGUCAAGACAGGGACUGGUGGAGGAGGCCCGGAGACCACCCCUUAUCCUUACUAUCCUAAGCCCAGAGUGCGAGUGCCUGAUUUGGGACAAGGACCUACACAGCCCUUCCGCCAGGACUCCAAACCGUCCCCGGACUCCCCGUCUGAUAUGAGCCAUGCUUUCACCGUGUCUGGGGGUGACGUGAGUGGACCAACACUGUGUGCUUCGGGGAGCUUGAGUUAUUCCCCCACCUCUGAUGGUCCUGACAGCCGGGUGUCUCCCACAUCGACCUGUCCUGAUGGAUCCAGUGUUUUCCCCCCUCUGCCGCCGCCUCCUCCCUCUGUGGGCUGCGGGGGGCUUGGGGGUACGCUGGAUGAAGGCGAUCUACCUGAUGGACCAGAAUGGGUGGAUGAUGAUGAGGUGGUGUUUCCCCUGUCUGCGCCUCCCACUAAUCAGUGGUACCAUGGCAAGUUGGACCGUACCAUCGCAGAGGAGCGUUUACGCCAGGCUCGAACCCCUGGUAGUUACCUCAUCAGGGAGAGUGACCGACGGCCUGGCUCCUUCGUCCUGUCCUUUCUCAGCAUGACUAACGUGGUCAGUCACUUCAGGAUAAUCGCCAUGUGUGGGGACUAUUACAUUGGUGGGCGACGAUUCUCAUCCCUCUCGGACCUGAUUGGUUAUUAUAGCUAUGUGUCCUGUCUACUCAAAGGGGAGAAACUGCUGUCUCCAGUGGCGCCUCCAGAGCCUGUUGAAGACAGGAGGAGAGUGAGGGCCAUCCUUCCAUACACCAAAGUGCCAGAUACUGAUGAAAUCAGCUUCCUUAAAGGGGACAUGUUUAUUGUUCACAAUGAACUCGACGAUGGCUGGAUGUGGGUGUCCAAUGUUCGCACUGAGGAGCAGGGUCUUAUUGUGGAAGAUCUUGUGGAAGAAGUGGGAAGGGAGGAGGAUCCACAUGAGGGAAAAAUCUGGUACCAUGGAAAAAUUACAAAACAAGAGGCGUACAACCUCCUCAUGACAGUGGGCCAGGUGUGCAGCUUUCUCGUGCGUCCGUCUGACAACACACCCGGAGACUACUCCCUGUUUUUUCGCACUAAUGAAAACAUCCAAAGGUUUAAGAUCUCUCCCACUCCAAACAAUCAGUACAUGAUGGGAGGGAGGUAUUAUAACAGUGUCGAUGACAUUAUUGACCACUAUAAAAAAGAGCAAAUCGUGGAGGGCUACAACCUUAAAGACCCAGUAUCAGUCCAGCACCAGGAACAAGUCAUUAAUGACACAGUGGAUGGAAGAGAAAUCUACAACACAAUCAGGCGGAAACCAAAAGAUGCUUUCUACAAAAAUAUUGUCAAGAAAGGCUACCUCCUGUUCAACAAAGGAAAAGGAAAACGCUGGAAAAACCUGUACUUCAUUCUGGAGGGAAAUGAUGCCCAGCUCAUUUACUUUGAGAGUGAGAAAAGAGCCACUAAACCCAAAGGGCUGAUCGACCUCAGCGUGUGCUCGGUGUAUGGGGUACACGACAGUCUCUUCGGCAGGCCAAACUGUUUUCAGAUUGUUGUUCAGCACUUUAGUGAGGAGCAAUACAUUUUCUACUUUGCUAGUGAAGCUCCAGAACAUGCACAGGAUUGGAUGAAAUGCCUUCAAACUUUUUGCAGUAACCUAAGAAAAGCAACAGCACCCACGACAAACAAAAGGCUAAGACAGGUGAGCAGUUUGGUGCUGUAUGUGGAAGAGGCCCACAAGCUGCCCGUCAAGUACUUCACAAACCCCUACUGUAACAUUUACCUGAACAGUGUCCAAGUAGCAAAGACACACCCGCGAGAGGGACAGAAUCCAGUGUUCACAGAGGAGUUCAUUUUUGAUGACUUAUCGAAUGAAAUUAACAGAUUUGAAAUAAGUCUGAGCAACAAAACAAAAAAGAGUAAAGAAAGUGACAUUCUGUUUAUGCGUUGUCAACUAAAUCGUUUACAAAAAGGCCAGAUGAUCGACGAGUGGUUCCCUCUCAGCUCCCACGUGCCUCUGAAAGGCAUCGAGCCGGGGUCUUUGCGGGUUCGGGCUCGUUAUUCCAUGGAGAAGAUCAUGCCCGAAGAGGAGUACAGCGAGUUCAAAGAGAUGAUCUUGCAGAAAGAGUUCCACGUUAUCUACGCUCUGGCCCAUGUGUGUGGCCAAGAUCGCACCCUGCUGGCCAGCUUGUUGCUGCGCAUCUUUAGACAUGAGAAUGCUGAAGCUCCAUUACUCAGGACUCUCAAUGACAGAGAAAUCAACAUGGAGGAUGAGGCCACGACUUUGUUCCGGGCAACCACGCUGGCCAGCACGCUGAUGGAGCAGUACAUGAAAGCUACGGCCACUCCGUUCGUCCACCAUGCGCUCAAAGACUCUAUUCUUAAAAUCAUGGAAAGCAAACAGUCGUGUGAGCUAAACCCAUCUAAACUUGAAAAGAACGAGGACGUAAAUCUCAACCUUGCUCAUCUGCUCAACAUCUUGUCAGAACUGGUGGAGAAAAUCUUCAUGGCUGCUGAGAUACUUCCACCGACGCUGAGAUAUAUCUAUGGUUGUCUGCAAAAGUCCGUACAGCAGAAAUGGCCCACCAAUACCACCAUGCGAACAAGAGUAGUAAGUGGCUUUGUUUUUCUAAGACUUAUCUGCCCAGCCAUCCUCAAUCCCAGAAUGUUCAAUAUAAUUGCUGAUCCACCAUCAACAACAGCUGUCCGGACCCUCACACUAGUGGCUAAGUCGGUCCAGAAUCUCGCAAACUUGGUAGAAUUUGGUGCCAAGGAGCCUUAUAUGGAGGGUGUUAACCCAUUCAUAAAAAACAACAAACAUAGGAUGAUUAUGUUCCUGGAUGAGUUAGGGAAUGUUCCUGAACUCCCUGAAACCACUGAGCACUUUAGGACAGACCUGUCCCGGGACCUGGCCGCGCUGCAUGAGGUCUGUGCCACACAUUCAGACGAGCUGCGGACACUGAGCAACGAGAAAGGGGCUCAGCAGCACGUGUUGAAAAAGCUACUGGCCAUCACAGAGCUCCUCCAGCAGAAACAGGCUCAGUAUGCCAUGUCCAACAGCAACAGAGACCAAGAAAGAGUUUACAGUAAAAUUUUCAAAUAG